AUGCCUACCACAACCUUCUCAACGUCAAACCAACAGCAACAGCAAGAGCAAUUCCACUCACCCACCACCUCCUCCUCCACCGCCACCACCGUCACCCCUCCGUCUUCCCCCCCAGAAUCCAACGACCCCUCCACCGCCCUCUUCGCCUACCUCUCCACCCCCUCCACCUCCUUCACCUCCCCGCUGGAAGAUCUCCACACCUCCAUCCUAGGCUACCUCCAGCGCUCCGGCUGGACGGAACGUGUGCGCGGGCUCGCACUCGAACUCCUUCGCGCAGGACACUGUGACCGCUUCGAAGAGGUCGUCGAUACAGUCGUUGCACUUGCCUCGAGUAGCGAGGAUGUCUCUGUGUUGUCCUUGGCGAAAGGGAGGAAACGGAAGAGAAAGGAGCAGAUGAAGGCCAGGGCUAAGGCUAGGAUUGUUGAGGAUAGUGCUACUGCUGUUGGUGCUGGGAUGGCAGCUAAGGGAAAUGGAGAGAAUAGUGAUUUGGUGGAUGAACAGACUGAGGAUGGGGUUGGGGUUGAUAAUACUGAAGAGGAAGACAGUGCUGGCGGGGAUGCGUUUCCGGAUAUCCGCAUCCCGCAAUUUGUCGUGGUGGAGGGUGUCAAGAUGCUGCAUGAAGCGUUGCAUGAGGUAUUUGUUGUGGAAGGAGGAGAUGCAGAGACGGAUUCUACUCCCACCGCCACAACUACUGGUGGAAAUGAUAGCGGAAUUGGCAAUGGAGAAACGAGCGACCAACAGGAGACAUCAUUAUCAUCAUCAUCACCAUCAUCAUCAUCAUCACCAUCACCAUCAUCAUCAUCAUCAUCAUCAUCAUCAUCAUCAUCAUCAUCAUCAUCAUCAUCAUCAUCAUCAUCAUCAUCAUCAUCAUCAUCAUCAUCAGCAGCAGCAGCAGCAGCAGCAGCAGCAGCAGCGACAACAACAUCAACUACGAUUUCAUCAUCAAACCAAAAUGGUAUCUUUAAUACCAAUGGCACCACAGCAUCCUCCAAAAAGCUGCCGCCUCCUUCACUGAAAACAGACAGCAAGAGUGGUGAAUCCAAGUUCACCGCUAAGAACAAGUUACAAGAGAACGGCGACGGGAAGCCUGAGAAGAGGGUGAAGAAAGCGUGA